AUGGCUGGGGAAAUAGUUUAUGCUGAUUUAAGGCAUCCUGGGGACGGUUUUUCUCCUGCCGAGAAGCGUCACGCUCCUGCCUUGUGCCCACGGUGGCACGGGGUCCUCCUCAAAGUCAGCGCGCUGGGGCACCUCAUCCUGCUGGUACUGGUGGCCGUGCUGAGCGUGCAGGUUUUUCAGGGCUCUCUGCAGCCAACGGCGACAAGCGUUCCUUGGCAAGGCAGCGAGACCCGGGGAAGGAACCACACGGAGCGAUGCGUGAUUUCAUCCCUGAUGCGGUAUUUCUGCAGGCCCCGGCGGGAGAGCCCCGCAGCCUGCGCUGGCUGCAAGCUGUGUCCUCAGGACUGGCAGCUCCAUGGGGACAGCUGCUACCGGCUUUCCAAGGAAAAGGGGAACUGGUAUCAAGGCAAGAAAGGCUGCGAAAGUCAGGAGUCUCAGCUGGCAGUGCUGCGGGACAGGAAAGAAAAGGAGUACAUCAAGAAUAUUACAGGCGGAGGCACGCAGCCGGUGUGGAUUGGAUUAGUAUCAUCCCACAACAAGUGGAGAUGGGUGGACAACACAUCCCUCAACACCAAAAUGUUUGGCGCCCUGCAGGAGAUGGAUGAAGGGUGCGGGACACUAAAAGACGAGGUGUUGGAGAACGAUAUCUGUGACGGCGAACACGAGUGGGUUUGCCAGAAAGACCCUUUCCAGCUCUCCCCAUCGAUGGCGGGAGACGGAGAGAAAUGCGAUGCCGCCGUCUGA